AUGUGGUACCAGGGAUGUCUGGCGAUUAAUGCCGGGGACGACAACCUCAUCCAGAACGUGUUGGUGGAUGGGAUGCGCGUCGAGAACUUCCGCGAGGGCCAGCUGAUCAACCUGCGCAUCAUGUAUAACUCCAAGUACAAUACGUCGCCGGGAAGGGGGAUCCGCAAUGUGUAUAUCAAGGGAUUGCAAUAUAAUGGGACGAAUGCCAACCCGUCCAUGAUGCUAGGGUAUGACGAACAGCGCAACAUCACCAAUGUCACCUUUGAGGAUCUGGUGGUCAACGGCAAGAAGAUCUACGAUGGAAUGAAGAAACCGACUUGGUACUACACUGCUGACUUUGUGCCUAUGUUUGCCAAUGAGCAUGUCCAUAACUUGACCUUUACUGCGUCGUGA